AUGUCCCCCACAGAGGCAGAGCGUUUCACACAGGAUCUGAGCUCCACAGGAGAUGCAAAGUACGCGACGAGCAACAGCUGGUUGGAGGUUAAUUACACCCAGCUAGUGCUCAAUGCCAAGGAUGUCCUCACCCAGGUCAAGCCUGGAGCCAUACCUCUGGCCAUGGUCAAGGGCAAUGGAUAUGGGCUAGGGGUGGUGAUAUCGACCAAGGCAUUCCUGGAGGGUGGCUGGGAGGAGAUUGGGGUUGGGGAUUUGAAGGAAGCAAUGGCGCUGAGGCAAGCAGGCAUCACUGCUCCCAUCCAAGUGUAUGUGGAGGACAUGAGGUUUGUCGACGCCCUGUGCAAGGCAGCGGAUGCGGCAGACAGGAACAAGCCUCUGCCAGUCCACAUUGCUGUAUCCACUGGAGCGGUCAGGGAGGGAGUGAGGACAAUGGAGGAGGCAAUCAGGCUGGCCCAGUCAGUGAAGGACUGUUCAGUGCUGCAGCUGCGAGGCAUCAUGACUCACCACGGCCGACUAGAAAAAUUCCUGCCCAUCGUGGAGGCUGUGCGCAGCAAUGUGUCCCAGGACAUAAUAGCGCAUAUGGCAAGCAGUACAGCCGGCUUUCGCAAGGGACAGGAGUACCAUUUGGACCAGGUCCGGAUUGGCAGCGCCCUGUACGGCAGCGGGCCAUCUGACAGUGCCUUCCGCUGGCUCACGCGCAUCACUGGCAUCAAAGAGGUCUAUGCAGGGGAUGAGCUGGGAUACUCAGAGACACCAGAGACAAAGAACAUGACGAUAGCUGUAAUGGACGUGGGGGGUAUUGACGGGGGAGAUGAAGUAAAGCAGGCAGUGGUCAGGGGAAUUGUGGUGCCAACAGUAGGAUACGGGGGAAUGAACAUGCACAUGUUCGACGUCAGCCAAGUCCCCAAUGUGCAGGUGGAUGACUUGGUGUUACUCAGCGGCUGCUGCGCGGAUGAUGGCACAUUCAUGGACAACACAUGGUCGCCGAAUAUCCGGCAGACAGUUGAGAGGAUAGAAGUGAGGGGGAGCGGUGGCGCAUAUCUGGCAGAGAAUGCUGCCAGGUUGACUGGCGCAUGA